AUGGAUAUCACCCGGUUCUUGCCCCCGGUUUAUUAUCCAGUGGUUAUUUCGACUGCUAAGAUGGGUGCUAUUCCGGUCAUAAAAUUUAUAUGUAUCGACAACGAUACACUCGAGGACUUCGUGGCGGCUACAUUCGACGAUACCAGGGAUACGGCUAUUGCCUUUGUGGAGACGCUUUUGGAGAGAGCCAGGGAUAUGGCGGCUGUCUUCGUUUUGGGUGUAUUGGAAUUGGAUGUCUAG